AUGGCCGGCCGAGAUCAGGAGCAUCAUGUUACCAUAGAGCUACAGUGUGGCUUGGAUGAAAGGUUUCUUCAAUUGGAGAGUGCAGGAAACUACGAUAUCAUGCCAAAUAAAGCUGGAAAGGUUCCACUCUUCAUGAAAAAUCACCCAAAUCUCUCGAAGUAUUUUGAGCCGAGCUUUGUAUCAUUCGGUCCUGUCCAUCAUGGUAAUAAAAAAUACCAGUCAGCAGAAAAGUACAAGCUUAGAUUGGCAAACUACUUCGUCAAAGACAGUGGUAAAUUUGCUAAUCUUUUGUACCAGAAAGUUGAGGACAACUGCGAGAGACUGAUGCAGUACUUCGACGAGGAAGUGGCCGGAGAUUACAAUAAGCAGGACCUCGCCUGGAUGCUGUUUGUGGACGGGUGUGCAGUUUUACAGUCCAUUUUCUGUGUAGUUGAGGUAACAUUCGAAGAAUUGAAAAUUGAACACGAUAAAAUGGCUUUAUGGGAACAGGAUUUGUUCUUGUUGGAGAACCAACUUCCGUAUCAACUCUUACUGGAUUUGAUGGAUUCCAGCGCGAAGAAAGAUGCAUUGAGGACAUCCAUCAAAGCCUUCAUCAAUAAGCAUAGCGUGGCGCUGCAUAGUUAUAAUCAGAAAGAGCCCGAGGGGCCAGCCCAUAUUCUGGAUUACCUCUGGCAGAUUCUCGUGGACGAAGAGCAAUAUUUAAAUCACUUCAAGAUCAUGAAAUGGUAUCGACAUGCAGAGCGCCACGGCCAAUCCGUCCCGUGGCAUCACAACGUGCAGGAACUUAAAACCGCAGGAAUCAAUGUGAAGCCUGGUAAAGGCCGUACCUUGACAGACAUAGAUUUCAUCUAUAAUCUACUGAAUUUCUAUCCCGGAUACCUCUCGAUACCCCCAGUAGUAAUUGACUACGCGACGGGGUUCAAGCUCGUCAACUUGAUAGCCUACGAAAUGACUCGUCCAGGUAUGUCCAAUUACGACGGCGUCAGAUCUUACGUAUCAUUCCUCGGUUCGAUCCUCGAUGGAACCGGUGACGUCAAGGAACUAAUCAAAGCACGCGUCCUAUACAACUUCCUUGACAAGGAUGAUGAAGUGUUUCAGCUCUUCAAAGAUAUAUCCAGCACCCUGAAUAUUCCUGUCCCAAAUGAAUUUCAUGUGAAUGUCAAGCGCAAGAUUGAGAAGUACUACGGCAACAAAUACAGGAUAUGGAUGGCUCAAUUGUUUCACGAUCUCUUCAACAGACCCUGGAAGAUCCUUACUUUUUUUGGCUCAUUCUCCGCGCUUUUUCUAACUGCCACUCAGACUUUGUACCCAAUUUUCUCUCCAUCUGGACACGGCGAAGAUCAAGUCCGCAAGAAAUUUAUAUGA